UUGUAAAGCCUCUGCUGAAUCACAGAAAACUGAGAAGGUAACAAUGGCUUCACUUCAGCUUAUUCUUCCCUCUAGACCCGCGUCAACUUUCCGGCCGAGACGUAGACUCAUCCAGUGCACCGCCGAUCGUCAGGCACUUUUUAGCCGCAUUGCUCCUGUCUAUGAUAACUUGAAUGACUUGCUAAGCUUGGGCCAACACAGAAUUUGGAAGAGGAUGGCUGUUUCUUGGAGCGGGGCAAAAGAAGGUGAUAAUGUACUAGACGUGUGUUGUGGUAGCGGAGACUUAGCCUUUCUCUUAUCUGAGAAAGUUGGGCCGUAUGGCAAGGUGGUAGGCCUUGAUUUCUCAAAAGAGCAAUUAUUGAUUGCUUCAUCUAGGCAGAACUUACGGUCAAAAAACUGCUACAAGAAUAUUAAGUGGAUUGAAGGCAAUGCACUUGAUUUGCCCUUUGCGGACUCUUAUUUUGAUGCUGUUACAAUUGGCUAUGGAUUGAGAAAUGUGCCUGAUGUAAAUAAAACUAUGGCGGAGAUCCAUCGAGUUCUAAAACCAGGGUCUAAAGUAUCUGUCCUGGAUUUCAAUAAGAGCGUGAAACCAUUAGCCACAUCAAUUCAGGAAUGGAUGAUUGACAAUGUAGUUGUCCCCGUGGCAAGUGGUUAUGGCCUUGCAGACGAGUAUAAAUACCUGAAAACCUCAAUCAAGGAUUUCCUGACUGGAAGGGAGUUGGAGAAGCUUGGCUUGGAAACGGGGUUUUCUACUGCCAAACAUUACGAAAUUGGCUUAGGGCUGAUGGGGUGUUUGGUAGCGACCCGAUAAAGAGGAUACAACACGACUCGACUCUCUAAGAGGAAUGUUUGAGUAACAACAGAAUACGAGGAGGGAGGAAGAAUGAUUGAUUGGUCGUUUUUUGUUGGGAUGUUUGUCUGCUUUUUCCUCCAAGUUGAGCUCAAUGUAUGAUGUGCACGUCUGAUGAGAUCCCCCACGAUUUCUCCUACCAUUUUAUUUAGAUGGAUAAUUUCAUGGAGAACAUGAUCUCUGGACAAGGAACGCACUAUAAAACUAUGCAUUCAUUGUAAUUAUUGAAUUGUUUAUUCACUUUGAAAUGCAAGUUUCUUUGGGGUACA